CUUAUUUCUGUUGAUUUCGCGGACAGUUUACCUUAGUUUUAAUCCGUUUUUUAUAAUUUUAAGUACAUUUAAAGUUAUAAGUUCAAAAUGCUCUGUCGCUUGGUUGGAAAUGGCCAUUUAAGCGCCCGAUAUUCGGCCUCAUUAAAGCUUAUUGCGUGCUCCUCGUACUCCACGUCGGGAAAACAGCGAAAUGACAAGAUCUACGAGAACGCUGCGGAUGCUGUGGCCGAUGUCCAGGAUGGUGCCAAGAUUCUGUUCGGAGGAUUCGGCAUUUGCGGUAUUCCGGAGAAGAUGAUCAAUGCUCUGAAGGAGAAGGGAGUCAAGAAUAUUACCGGAGUCUCCAAUAAUGGAGGUGUCGACAACACCGGCCUGGGUGUGCUGAUCAAGGGCAAGCAACUGUCCAAGGUGAUUGGCUCCUAUGUGGGUGAGAACAACGAGCUGGUGCGUCAAUAUUUGGCCGGAGAACUUGCCGUGGAAUUGACUCCACAAGGAACUCUGGCGGAGAAGAUCCGCGCCGGUGGUGCCGGCAUUCCCGCCUUCUACACGCCCACUGGUUAUGCCACCUUGGUCCAGGAGGGUGGUGCACCCGUUAAAUACACAAAGGAUGGCAAGGUUGAGAUUGCCAGCGAAAAGAAACCAGUGAAGGAGUUCAAUGGCAAGAACUAUGUGAUGGAAGAGUCAAUUUUCGCCGAUUUUGCUUUUGUCAAGGCCCAGAAAGCCGAUGCCCUGGGCAAUCUGGUGUUCAACAAGGCAGCUAGAAAUUUCAAUGCACCCAUGUGCCGUGCAGCUAAGAUUACUGUGGCUGAAGUGGAGGAACUGGUGCCCGUUGGAAGCCUCAGUCCCGAUGAGAUCCAUGUUCCUGGUAUCUACGUGAAGCGCAUCUUCAAGGGCACUGAUUAUAACAAGCGUGUUGAGCGUGUAAGGAUCACGGAGCCCAAGGAUCCGAGCAAACCCGCCCCGCCACCAAAUCCUGCUCAGGAACUGCGUGAAAGAAUUGCCCGACGAGUGGCCCUGGAGUUCCGUGACGGCAUGUACGCUAAUCUGGGUAUUGGCAUUCCCGUCCUGUCCUCCAACUACAUUCCCAAGGGCAUGAACGUGCUGCUGCAGUCGGAGAAUGGUAUCCUGGGCUUGGGUCCCUUCCCCACAAAGGAUAAAGUAGACCCGGACUUGAUUAAUGCCGGCAAGGAGAGCGUUACUGUGGUGCCUGGAGCAUCCUACUUCGGUUCCGACGACAGCUUCGCCAUGAUUCGUGGUGGACAUGUGGAUAUUACCAUUCUGGGUGCCAUGGAGGUGUCGGCCACUGGAGAUUUAGCCAACUGGAUGAUUCCUGGCAAACUGGUUAAGGGCAUGGGUGGCGCCAUGGAUUUGGUUGCUGCUCCUGGCACCAAGGUGAUCAUCACCAUGGAACACAAUGCUCGCGAUGGCUCCCCCAAGAUCCUGGACACCUGCUCCCUGCCACUCACUGGCAAGGGUGUUAUCGAUCUGAUCAUCUCCGAGAAGGCCGUUUUCGAGGUGGAAAAGGGCGUGGGCCUUACCCUUAUCGAGGUCGCCGAGGGCUUGACCGUGGACGACAUCAUUGCCUGCACUGGAGCCAAGUUCGCGGUAUCGCCCAAUGUGAAGACGAUGGGUCAGAUCCCAGUUUGAGAAAUCCGGUAACAGAUAUCGCCAGAGAAGCUGCAAUACCUCCACUUUGAGUGAUAAACGAGUGCAUUUAUUUUUUUUGUUGAUCGUGUGACAAAAAACGUUUCUGUUGUUUCAAAAUAUAUAUGUGAAUAUAUAUAUA